UGUGGCUUAAUGUGAUCUUUAAAGCACAGUAGGGAUGUUUAGACAGUGUGGCAGGAAGUUACUGUGCGUAGCUCUUAUUAGUGUCUGAUUUAUGAGUGUAUUUAAGUCUUCAGUAAGAAUGCAGGUGUUGAUUUGUCUUCUCCUUACAGUGCUUCAUGUUACUGAAGGCUGCACUCUGGAAAACAGUGGAAGAGCAGUGUAUGAGACAGCUUAUACAGGAGGGUCAGUACUGCUGCCCUGCUAUUGCACUGACCAACAGACCAAACCUGAGAUAUUCACCUGGAAGAAAUACAACACAAGCACAUGGGAAGAGAUAUCCAGUGACAGUGGUCAGUACAGAAACAGAGUUCAGCUGGUUAAUGGUCACUCUCCAGGAAAUCUCUCGCUACUCAUAUCACACCUGACUGAAGAGGAUGAGGGAGGUUACAAGUGUGAUGUUAAAGACAUUGGACACACAUACAUUCACCUCACUGUAGAAGGCUGCACUCUGGAAAACAGCGGAAGAACAGUGUAUGAGACAGUACAUACAGGAGGGUCAGUACUGCUGCCCUGCUACUGCACUAACCUACAGACCAAACCUGAGAUAUUCACCUGGAAGAAAUACAACACAAGCACAUGGGAAGAGAUAUCCAGUGAGAGUGGUCAGUACAGAAACAGAGUUCAGCUGGUUAAUGGUCACUCUCCAGGAAAUCUCUCGCUACUCAUAUCACACCUGACUGAAGAGGAUGAGGGAGAUUACAAGUGUGAUGUUAAAGACAUUGGACACACAUACAUUCACCUCACUGUAGAAGGCUGCACUCUGGAAAACAGCGGAAGAACAGUGUAUGAGACAGUACAUACAGGAGGGUCAGUACUGCUGCCCUGCUACUGCACUAACCUACAGACCAAACCUGAGAUAUUCACCUGGAAGAAAUACAACACAAGCACAUGGGAAGAGAUAUCCAGUGAGAGUGGUCAGUACAGAAACAGAGUUCAGCUGGUUAAUGGUCACUCUCCAGGAAAUCUCUCGCUACUCAUAUCACACCUGACUGAAGAGGAUGAGGGAGAUUACAAGUGUGAUGUUAAAGACAUUGGACACACAUACAUUCACCUCACUGUAGAAGGCUGCACUCUGGAAAACAGUGAAACUUACCAGAGGAUCACAGCUCAUACAGGAGGGUCAGUACUGCUGCCCUGCUCCUGCAUUAACCUACAGACCAAACCUGAGAUAUUCACCUGGAAGAAAUACAACACAGACAGAAACACAUGGGAAGAGAUAUUCAGUGAGAGUGGUCAGUACCGAAACAGAGUUCAGCUGGUUAAUGGUCACUCUCCAGGAAAUCUCUCUCUACUCAUAUCACACCUGACUGAAGAGGAUGGAGGAGGUUACAGGUGUGAGCCUACAGGAAAUGAGUACAAAAAUAUCAAACUUUUUGUAGAAGGUAAACCUCCACGGUCUCUGCCCUUCGUCCCCUUUGCCUUGGUGACUGUGAUCUUUCUUCACAUUAUAGUGGCUGUGGUUUAUCACACCAAAAGAAACAAAGGUACAAACUGCACAACUAACUCAUUGUACUCUUGCUACUGUUCUUUCAUGUGUAAAUGUUCAUGAUUUGCAUAUAAAUUUAUAAUUUCUUGUUCCUAACUACCUAAGUGCCUGUUGGUACCAUGAUUUACCACAGCAAUGAUGGUAAUGAUGGAGCAGUGAGUCUACAGCAAAGAAGAAAUCAAACAGACGUAAACAGACCAACUACUGACAACACGUCCGUUGGUCAGUUACCAGUUGGCUGACCUUCAGAACAGGAUUUGAACAAGUAUCAAAGUGGAGUGCUGUUUUUCCAAAGACAAUUCUGAUUGUUCAUGGUGGGCAGUUAAAUAUGGUAUGAGACUAAUUGUGUGAACCUUUUACAUAGUAGAUAAUGAU